AUGGCAACGCCGGAGAAGUCGCGGGAGCCCUGCCCGGACCGCAUCAUCGACGACGCCGGCGGCUCCUUCGGGAUGGGCGCGGUGGGCGGCUCCGCCUUCCACUUCGCCAAGGGCCUCUACAACUCCCCCAACGGCCACCGCCUGGCGGGCGGUGCCACGGCCGUCCGCAUGAACGCGCCGCGCGUCGGGGGCAGCUUCGCCAUCUGGGGCAGCCUCUUCUCCACCUUCGACUGCGCCCUGGUCUACGCGCGGCAGAAGGAGGACCCCUGGAACUCCAUCGCCGCCGGCGCCGGCGCCGGCGCCACGCUCGCCCUGCGCAGGGGCCUCCUCGCCUGCGGAACGUCCGCGGCCAUCGGCGCCGCCCUCCUCGCGCUCAUCGAGGGCGCCGGGAUCAUGCUCAACCGUGUCUUGGUCGUCCCGCCGCCGCCGGAGGAACUGCUGCAGUACCCCGGGCAGGAUCCUGGGCAGCAUGCACCACCUAGCCCUGGCCAGCACGCACCACCUAGCUUCCUGGGAGUGCCGCCGCCGCCGCCGAUCGCGGUUCGGGAGGUUCCGGUCCCUAACUCUGCCUCGAACUCGACUGUGUGGCUUGGCGGUUUGUUCGGGAAGAAGAAGCAGGACAAGGUUGCUGGUGGGGAUCCUAAGUCGGAGGUGUUGGAGAUGGAUUUACCCCCCACGGCCGUUCCCUCCAUCGAGUACAAGUGA